CAGUUGUAUUUUCAUUCUGGUACUUGCUGGUUAUUUGAUAUCGUAUCGAUAUUACCUACGGACAAGAGGCCCAAAAAGAGGAAUAUUUUGGCUGGGGUCACGCUAUCGUACACUUAUGAUUCAUCUUCAACAAUAUCAUCUUCAACUUUGCUCCCUGAAGCACCGGACGGUGGCUAUGGUUGGAUUAUUGUUAUCGCUUCAUUUUUGAUUAAUUUCAUUGGUGAUGGUGUUUCCAAUUCAUUUGGCGUUAUUUUUCCUGCGAUUCAAGAUUAUUUUGAAGCUUCUAAAACGUUAUCCGGUAUUGUUGCUUCUUUGUUCCUCUCAGUUCCUUUACUUUGCGGUCCAUUUGCAGGUGCAUUAACUGAUAUUUAUGAUUGUCGCCGUAUGACAAUAAUUGGUGGUUUUAUUGCUGCUGCGGGUUCACUUCUUUCGUUUUUCGCCUCAAAUAUAUGGAUUUUUUCAUUCACAUUCGCUAUAGUAACUGCUAUUGGUCUCAGUUUUUGUUUCAAUACCGCAAUAGUUUCAGUCACUUUUUAUUUUCAGAUCAAAGAAUCUAUUAUUGAUUGGAUAUCAGGUUUUAAAUCAUUAGUAAUCGUACCUACUUUCUUUACAUUUCUAGUCAGUACUUUUAUUUCGUCGGUAUUUUUUGAUAUGCCAUAUGUUAAUUUUCCUGAAUACGCUGUUAAAAAACAUAACGCAUCAGAAGCAAUCUCAUCUUAUUUAGUUUCCAGUAUUGGAAUCACAAAUAUGAUUAGCACUAUCGCUUGCGGCUUAAUAGCUGAUUGGAAAUUUAUAAAACCGUGUGUUACAACUUUUUAUGGUAUUUUCGUUUUACUUGCUGGAUUUUGCGUAGCUGUAGCACCUUUCGCUCAAAAUUAUACUCAAUUAUUAUUGUUAUGUAGUGGAUUUGGAGUAUUUAUCAGCGCAAAUCAUGCAUUAUCAUCGGUAAUUACCGUAAAUCUGCUUUGUUUAUAUGAUUUUCAAACAGGAUUUGGGAUAUUGAGUUUGGUUGAAGGUAUUGGUAGCUUAAUUGGUCCUGCUCUCGUUGGUAUGUUUAAAUUUUGA